AUCAAUCGUAUUUGCCUCUAAGUAAAUGCAACACCGAUAAAAUGAAAGAAAAAAAUUGUUAAAAAACACCUAUAAAAUUGAAAGAGCAAAAAAAGAGUAUUUAAAUGAAUUUCAAAAGUUGACAAAAAAAUGAAUUUCAAAAUGGUUUACUCACUGUAUUUGAUACUAAUUUAUACACUCCAAAUUAGGAAAACAAGCUCUACCGAGCUCAUAUCUCUAAUCAUACAAAUCUAAUUUAAUUACAAUGAAAUAACAUAAACAAAUAUGAUUUUUUAAAAGAUGAUGCCAGGUUUGAAGUUCUCUCUAUUGAUGAAUGAAUAUUCAAAACUACAACACAUUUAACCAUUGUAAUUGAUAUAAUAGCAAGAUGAUAAAUAUGAGAGUGAAGUUGUUUGUGAUUUUAGAACAAACAAAUUCAUGAAUCUGAAAUAUUUAUUUUGAUUCGAAAAUUGUUAAUUGUGAUCCUUUUUGAUCAUAAAUUGUGCAGUCUACCAUGAAAGUGUGUGAAGAGUUCUUUUACGCUGAAUGAAGUAGUUUUGAAGAUUGACUAAAGCAAAGACAAUGUGAGAAUCCAACACAUGUUUUACUGGUUUAGAAUUAGAAGUAGACCAAACAUCAAGAUCUACUGCAUUUGUAAAACCAACAAAGAACAAUCUAUUUUUCAGGUUUGGAAAACGUCUGCUCAGAAUGAUUGCUAGAAAGCUUCUUUUUAUGAAGUUGGUGUUGGCGAGAUGUUUUAGUAGAGUCAGAGAUGUUUCAGAUAUCAGAUCAGAUCUCAAAUUCAAGUGGUUCCCACUCAGUGUUUUGGGAGAGUUGGAAGGAAUUCUUUUACUAUUUGGGCAACCAAUUUGAUUUUUGAGAAGAUAAACCAUGAUGUGACUGCUACUUCAAAAUUGCUUGAUUGUGCUCUUUGCUUACCAUCAUCUGAUAUUUGAUUUCUUGAGAGGGCAAACAGUUUGUGCAUAGAAGAAAAGAGUAAAAAAGAGAGAAGUUGGUGGCUUUUGGCAUAGUUGGAAGAACUUCUAUUUGGGCUACUGAAGUCAUUUUUUAGAAGACAAAUCAAGUUGUCAAUGCUUCUACCAAAUGGCUUGACUGUGUUCUAAGCUUGCCAUCAGCAUCAGAUGUUCAGUUCUUGGGAGCUCAAGCCGUUUGCGUCUAGAAAGAAGGGAGAGAUGAAGAAGAGAGGAGUAAACAAGAGAGAGAUGAAGUCAGUUUGUGAACAGAAGUAUAGAGGUGUACAGAAGAGAGAUAGAGAUGAAGUAGUAUUGAUUGUUUUUGAGUUUUACUGUUGAUUAUGUUGAAUAGAAGAAGCAAGAUUAUAGGAUACAACUGAAAAAAAAAAUUCUGAAUUGCGUCACUCUAUCAAAAGUCUGACAAAACUAGUUUUUGUGUAUAAUCUCAAACUCAAAAGAAAUAUUAAAGAGAAAAAAGAAUAAUGUGAAAGAUUGAUUCGUUUUCUAUGUGUGUCUCUUACUCUACACAAGUGCUCUCUUAUUUAUAACAUAAAGAGAUUAGUACACGUCCCAGUUCGAAAACGCGGACUAGGCGGCCGAGUUCUCGGCGUGGAGGCGCUUGGCGGUUACUCACCGUCGCGAUUAGACCAUGUGCGCUCAAAAACUCGGAGCUGACGAAAAAAAAUCAAAAUUUCUUUCUUUUAGUGAUUAAAAUCAAUUGUUAUGUUAACCAUCCAUCAUAUUUUGAUAUAAACGCCAGUUAAAACAAGAAAUUUGAUUGAAAGAGUGAAGAAAACUGAAGAGCGGCGGUUUAGGGUUUGCAGGAAUUCUAAUUUUAAAGGAAGAAGACGAGGGUAUAUACGUAAUUAUGCUUGAUUAAUGAAAAAAAAAAGACAAAAGAGCUGCAACCCCAAAGGAUCGAUCCCAUCACCAGUAGAAACAACAAACAUGUCAUAGACCACUACACUAAGUUGUUUUCACAUCAUACUUUCACAUGUAUAACUACUUAUCCGUAUAUGUAAUAUUAAAAAUAUAUGAAAACUAGAUCCCGCGUAUACCCCGAUUAAUCCCGAUUUUUUGAUAACUCGUUAGGUCCGAGAUCACCGCCCGACUAGCGCCUAGCGUAGUUUCGAACAGGGGUACACGUUAUAUAAUAAUGGAGGUACCAAACGUCUCUAAUCAUUAAUGAGUUUGAUUUCCAUAACUCAAAGAUUAUUGUAUGUUUGUUUUUCAGUUAUAAUGUGGUAUGACUAAAUGAAACCCAUCACUAUGUUUUUAUUGAGUUUAUAUUUAAAUAAUUAUAAAAAUAUUUCAAUCUCAAAUCCUCAAAGUGAUUUAUUUGCUAAUUUUUUUAUAUUUAGCCAAAUUUAAAGUUUUAUAAGCUUUGCAUAUCACUCACUUUGGACCUUAAUUUUUCAUUCAAUACAACACAAUUCCGAUUUUGACAAACAAAUACACUAACUCAUAGUGUUCACGGUGACGAUUACAUCGUGCCAAAGUUCCAGUUCUUCCGACAAACGUUUCGUCGAAAAACCCAUAAAAAAAUUGGUCCACACCACUUUUUCAAAAACAAAUUGUAACAGCAUGAAGAGAAGAAUAACCUCAUUUUGUCUACAGAGAAACCAAUGAAAAUAUAAAAUUAAAAAAUUAUUUCAGUCAUAAUCAAAAGUUAUUAUUAAAAGAAAAUUGUUGAUAAAUCAAUUUAAUGGAAAAAAACUCACCUCUCUUGUUUACCAAUGCAUUUCGAUAUGUAUUUUGCAUACAAGUUCAAAAGACAAGACCUUUUUCGUUGUUAACGUUACUCAUAGGCAAAAUAUUUCAUUAAUUUUUAUGGUGCUUACUUCUUGGUUAAAAUAUGCGAGUCUGAAGUCGAGUGAACACUAGCAUAAAUUGCUAUGCUACAUGUCUUGAUUUGAUGAUAUGUACACUCUAAAAUAUAAAUUAUAAAGUAGUACGCAUUAUAAUUUAUUAGAGAGAUGAUGUUAUUUUAAGGAUUUGGUUAUAUAUGUUAUUGUUUUCCCGAUUUUGGCACGUGUUCAUCGCACGGAAGAUGAGUUGGUCCAGACUCCAGAUGAUUGCUCAUUUCUACUAUAAAGCAACAGACUUUCAUGGAUAGACAAGGCUAAACUAACCCCGUAUUGUUAGUUUUGCAAUGGGGAACACGAGUAGUUGACUCAAAAAGGUCAGUGUAGGAAAAAAUGUUUGAGAUUUCACAUGUGCUAUGCUUAGAAGAAGAAGCUUUGUAUAUAUAUAUAUAUAUAUAUUUGAUUGUUGUAUGUUCUAUUCAAAUUUUUCAUUUUAUGAAUAUUCACAAUUUAGCAAAAAAAAAAAUCUAUUUUUCUGUCGGCAAGAAAACAUUUUAUUGAAAGCUUUUUUGUGGGAUUACAGCCAUGGGCUUAAAUAUUAAAAAAUAAAAUAAAUUAAAAAUAAGCCCAAGUUCAUGUUAGUAUUUAGGGUUUUCUAGGUUUGUUUCUCCACGGAGAGCGUGUGAUUUAAACCAUAACCUUGUUUCACAAGACAAAUCGAUAUCCCUGCACAGACAAAGACUCAGAUCAACUAUUGUUCAAACCGUCCAUCUAGAUGGUAGAUCUUACGGUGAAGACAAUGGAUCUAUUAUGGGCUGUCUUCUUCUGGGCUGUCUUCAGAUACGCCCCGACAGUGGCUGUAGAGAUGUUGUUUGUCAUCUUGGUUAUCAUCGUGACCAUGCUUGGACUAGACAUUCUCCGCAUGUGUUUGACGUGGGUCCCGGCCGGUAAUGACUUGAAUCCGUUAGAGACCUUGGCUCAGGUGGAAGAAGAGCAGAAUUACGAGACAUCUGAAAAGAUUCUACGUGAUGUAGCCGAGAUUAGAUCAAAAAUAUCACAAAUUGAGCGUGAUGUUCGGCAAAUUAAGCAAAUAAUUUUUAUAUUACAAGGGAAGACUGAAAGUCUUGAAAGCAAACAGGAUGCGACUCUCUCGGAACUAUGUCGCUUAAUCCAAUUUUUAAGUGACGAAGGCAAUACAAGCACUAAAGUAUUAUAGGUGAUCAUUGAUAGUUUGGUCGCUCUUCAUGAUCGUUUUGGGGGAAAACUUCAUCCUUAAUUUUGCAGUUGAUAUUCUGAAAUGUUGUUUUGUUUUGUCGUUGAUUGACCACUUAUCAGAUCAUUAUUUCGUGGAUGGAUUUUCACGAACU